GAGAGAGAGAGAGAGAGAGAGAGAGAGAGAGAGAGAGAGAGAGAGAGAGAGAGAGAGAGAGAGAGAGAGAGAGAGAGAGCGAGAGAGAGAGAGAGAGAGAGAGAGAGACCGAGAGAGAGAGAGAGCGAUAGAGAGAGAGAGAGAGAGAGAGAGAGAGGGUGAGAGAGAGUCCUUUAUAUUGUAGAUGUGGGAGCAGCUCUCAAUAUGAGCACACAGCUCGGAGGGUGAGGACCAUCAGUAACAGCAUCAUCAGCACCAGCAGCAGCGGCAGCAUCUGUCCCCGCGAUGGAUUGUGUUCUGUGCAACACUUUGUGUGCGCGGAGAUGGAGUCCGUGAAGCCAGAUAGAUAACAAUUAGGAUAGCAUAUUAAACUCCAAUACCCCUGCUUGUGAUUUAAACCGUGAUUUCAAUCUAUCAGGAAAGUUGAUUCCGGGCACUUUUAUGAUUCUGCGUCGCAUUGCUACCGCUGGGCACUUCAACAGGGCUUCAGCUGUGCUCAUCUCCGCGACAUAUUUCUGACUAUUCUAAGUGGCAGCUAUUAGACCUGACUGAUGACACUCUGUUAUCGGGAUUUCGUUUCCCUUUUGCGCCCGGACCCCAACCAAACCUCAUAUUCUGAUUCGGCAGAGUAUGUCUUUGGAGGAUAAGCUUGGCAGCAAGGACUUAUCAUUCACUCCGAUGGGGAUAGAGGAUAAUAACAUGAGGAACGGCAGAGGCCUGUCGGACCAAUGGGCUGAUAGCAUGGUGGUUCGGCCCCGGACCACGGAGCGAAGCAUCACCGUCCACAAGAAACUGGUCCUGGGGUUCGCCAUCUCCAUCCUCACCCUGAUCGUCGUCACGGCCAUCGCGGUUCUCCUCAGCGUCCGGUUCGAGGAGUGCGCGGGGGAGAGCAGCUCACGAGGGGGCAAUGGCUCGAACGCCAAGUUCAACGGGUCACGGGAUGGGAACGGGAGCCACAAAGAUGAAGAAGCCCAGCCGUGGAGACACCUCCGGUUACCGACAUCUCUCCGGCCCCGGCACUACGACCUGCGUCUCUCAGUGUACAUGGAUAACUUUACCUUCUCCGGGGAAGUGAACAUUGAAUUCGAGUGUGUGAACUCUACCAAAUUCAUAGUGCUUCACACCGACCGCCUCGAGGUGGAGAAAGUGGCGGUUUACUCGGAUAAUAAAAAACCCGGUGUCAUGAGAAUCCACCGCCAAUUCCAUUACCCGGGAAACCAGGUUUAUGUGAUCGCUUUGCACAGGGAACUGAAGCCCAUGAGGACGUAUAAAGUCAACAUUACUUUCGACGCUCAAAUAGAAAGUGAACUCCUGGGAUUUUUCCGCAGCUCAUAUAUGCUGCAGGGAGAGAGAAGGUACAUGGCGGUGACACAGUUCUCCCCCACCCACGCCAGAAAGGCCUUUCCGUGUUUUGAUGAGCCCAUCUACAAGGCCACGUUCCGGGUCAGCCUGGGACACGAUGCGUCCUACCUGUCUCUCUCCAACAUGCCUGUAGAGGCCUCCAUCUCUGAUGAUGAUGGCUGGGUGACCAACCACUUCUCCAGGACUCCUCGUAUGUCCACCUACUACCUGGCCUGGGCCGUCUGUAACUUUACCUACAGAGAGGUGACCACUGACAGUGGAGUGGUGAUCCGGCUGUAUGCCAGGCCCAACGCCAUCCAGAGCGGAGCGGGUGACUACGCUCUCCACAUCACAAAGAGACUCCUCCAGUUCUAUGAGGAUUACUUCAAAGUCAAAUACUCCCUGCCCAAAUUAGACCUGCUGGCCGUGCCCAAGCACCCCUACGCUGCCAUGGAGAACUGGGGUCUGAGUGUGUUUGUAGAGCAGAAGAUCCUACUGGACCCAGAGGUCUCAUCCUUCUCCUACCAGAUGGAGCUAACCAUGGUGGUGGUUCAUGAAAUCUGCCAUCAGUGGUUUGGUGACCUGGUAACCCCCGUGUGGUGGGAGGAUGUCUGGCUGAAGGAAGGCUUCGCCCACUUCUUUGAAUACGUUGGAACGGACUUCCUCUUCCCCAAAUGGAACAUGGAGAAGCAGCGUUUCCUGACUGAUGUUCUCCAUGAGGUGAUGCUGCUGGACGGUCUGGCCAGCUCCCAUCCUAUCUCUCAGGAGGUGUACGACGCCACGGACAUAGACAGAGUGUUCGACUGGAUCGCAUACAAGAAGGGUGCUGCUCUGAUCAGGAUGCUGGCUAACGUCAUGGGGCAGCAGGUGUUCCAGAGAGGACUCAAUGAUUACUUGAUGACACACAUGUACAGCAACGCAGGCAGAGACGACUUGUGGAACAAACUGACUGAGGCCAUGCAGAAGGAAGGGAAGGACAUCAACAUUAAGGAGGUGAUGGACUGCUGGACCCUCCAGAUGGGUUAUCCUGUUGUGACCAUCAGUAAGAACUACAGUCUGGACCACAGCGUCACCAUCACACAGGAACACUUUGUCUACGACAGGGACGCCAGGUUCAGAGACUCUGACCUUUCCAACAGAAGUCUACAGUGGCAGAUUCCUCUGACUUUAGCAGUGGGGAAUUCGACUUACAAAUCAACAGAAGUCAUCCUCUGGAUCUCCAAUAAAACAGAGACACACAAAGUGGGCCGGAUGGACGAUGACAUGUGGUUGCUAGGCAACAUCAACCAGACUGGGUACUUCCGGGUGAACUACGACCUCCACAACUGGAGGCUCCUCAUUGGACAGCUGAUGACCAACGCUGAGAUCAUCUCUGUCGGCAACAGGGCGGGGCUCAUCGAUGACGUCUUCAAUCUGGCCAGGGCUGGCUACCUGCCCCAGAACGUUCCCCUCCAGAUCAUCUGCUACCUACCCCAGGAGAGAGAGUUCCUCCCCUGGCACGCUGCCAGCCGCUCCCUCUACCAGCUGGACAAGCUGCUGGACCGCACAGAGGACUACAGCCUCUUCAGUGACUUCGUGCUGAAGCAAGUGGCCUCAAAGUACCACAAGAUGGGCUGGCCCUUGGCUCUGACAGAAGGCUCCAUCAUACAGGCCUCCUACCAGACUGAAGAGCUGCAGAGAGAGGUGAUCAUGCUGGCAUGUAGUUUCGGGAACAAGCACUGUCACCGCCAAGCUGUGUCGCUCAUCUCUGAUUGGAUCUCCAGCAACAAGAACAGGAUCCCUCCCAACGUGCGUGACAUAGUGUACUGUACAGGCGUGUCUCUGAUGGAUGAGGACGUGUGGGAGUUCAUCUGGAUGAAGUUCCACUCCACAACAGCCAUCUCAGAGAAGAAGGUUCUCCUGGAGGCUCUGACCUGCAGCGACAAUGGCUUCCUGCUCAACCGGCUGCUGAAUCUUUCUCUGAGCUCAGAUCUGGUCCCAGAUCAAGAUGUCAUCGAUGUCAUCAUCCACGUGGGAAGGAACCCGCAUGGAAGACACUUAGCCUGGAGGUACUUCAGGGAGAAGUGGGACAUCUUGAAUUCACGGUACGGAGAGGCCUUAUUCAUGACUUCUAAGCUCAUCAGUGGGGUGACUGAAUUCCUAAACACAGAGACGGAGCUGAAUGAGCUGAAGGAGUUUAUCCAGAUCAGUGGAGGUGGAGCGGGGCCGGCGUUGGCCCGGGCCGUGGAGAUCGUGGAGGCCAACGUGAGAUGGCACAGUCUCUACGAACGCCAGAUCUUCCAGUGGCUAAGGAAGUCUCCCAACGGUUAACACAGGGUUCAGCCCAAGCAUGGCAUCUCUCUGACACUAUUACAGACCCAACAACAUCAGGCGGAGAAAAAAAAUAUCAGAAAACAUGAAUAUGUUAAUUUGAAUUGCAAAAUAAGACAUUUCCCCGCCCCCCUCAAAAAAAAAAAACCUUGACAAGAAAGUGACUGGAAAACCGGAGAGAGAGGGAACAGUGAAGACAGUCGAUGUGAUUGGCUCAGAUGACCUUAGUCUGACCGACCGUUUCGAAGGUGGAUUUGAUUAGGUAUAAAUAUUGCAUGGUGGCAUUCAUCUCCAGUGACAGGUUUUCUUUUUCAACGCAUGGUUUUCACCCCCCUCCUCUGAUUGGUUUUCCACUAAGCUGACCCCUGUGACCUUUUCAAUAACCUUUGAACCUCCGGUCAACUCUUUAGUAGCCUAUGAGGAGAAAGACAAACUAGAGCUACAAGAGGCACGGGAAGAGGACCUGGCGGCAAUAUGAUACAACUGUGACAAGCACAAGUAUUAUCAUUUUUUUGUUCAAUGAUGACAAUCAUUAUUUUGAUUGGGACAACAAUAACAAAAAACUCAUAUAAAUUAUAACGAAAUAAAAUAAUAUGUGUACCUAAAUGUUUUGGACCUUAACCUUCUCUUUUGAGCCAUACUGAGGUGGACUUUGUGACGUCUGGAACAUUUCGACAAGGGGACGUGGUGGCUGAAGUGAUGUUCAUUGUUGUGCGUGGUGUGCUCCAUAAUAACUUAUCCUCCUUCCUCAGCCAAUAAGGUUUCCCUAAAUGACGUUACGCCAGGGGAGACUCUGCAGAACCCAGGAGGCAGGUCGGAAGCAGGAACAAGGGGACUCCCCAUAACCCGAAGGAGUCACUAUUGAUUAUUGAUCGAUUAUCGUUAAAUUCCAUCAUUUAUAUUUGCUGAUUGCACUGGAGUGUCCUUUGGAUUAUACCGUCUUGGUGUUUGAGUGAAAAUAAAACUGUUGUGAGUUGCAGGUUGAUAUUCUGUGUGCAAAUGGUCCACGUUGCUGAUGGGACUGAGAGCCAGUGAAUACAGUCUGUGUGAGCCGCGGUGUAGUAACGAUGACAUAUAGAAACUUACCUUGUUUUGGUCCAACGUCAUGCUUGGGUUUUCAUGUGCCGCUAAUUACUUCAUAAAAAAGUUUCACUCAGAAACGCGUGUUUUAAGCAAAAGCAGAGGAAUAUGCUACAAUAUUCCUGACAUAUAUUACUAGUUUUGUUGCGACCCUGCAAGGCCCAGUAGACGUAACAGGCCGAUGCUAACAGCUAGCUGGAUAUACUCUGUGGACUCCUUUCAUGAAGAAUAGAACACAAUAAUGAGUUUUUAGUGUUGACACUCGGCUGGUAGAGCAAAUCCCCAUUGGGUUUACUGGGGAGUCCAUUGCUCUUAUUUUCUGUGGAAGAGUCAGUGCUAUUUAUAUCCUCUAUGGCUAAUCCUUGAUACUGUAGACCUCAACAAGAAAACAGUUGCAGCCCUUCACCAUCCUUUCCUUUCUUGUUGUUGUUUUGAUGUAUUAAAAAAAUGUGUUUUUUUUCUAAAUGAGGGACUAUAUUGUUCUGUGUUUUGAGCAGAGCAGCAAUGGGAUUUUAAUGCUGACAAAUAAAUUAUUUUGUACAGUAACGCAA